AUGGAUGAAAUUACCACCCUUUGUGGAAUUGAUGCAUGUGGCAUAAUCUACGAUGAAAAUAUGUCACAAUCAAAAAUUUGGCCAUCAAAAGAUACAUUUCAAACAUUGAUGGACAAAUUUAGAACCCUUCCUGAAUCAGAACAAAGAAAUGUGACCUUUGAUCACGAGGACUUCUUGAAGCAGACGAUAGCGAAAGAUCGAGAGAAAUUAAUGAAACAAACGGACAUCAUCACCAAGAAGAAGGAAAUGAAUAAUUUACUUGAUCAUUUUAUUCGAACAGGUGAAUUUGAUGGAAAUGAUUUGAGGGAAAGUGAUCUCGAAGAUAUAUCGUUUCUUAUUGAUAGCAAUCUAAAAGGACUCGAGCAGAUGACGAAAUAG